UCUGUAAUAGGUUAUCAAGAAGCUAGUGAACUUUUGCGGAAGGAAGGGUUUCGUUAGAUUAUUACAUAGAAUUAUAGAAUUAUUCUUUUUAAUUGUGUUUUGACCAUCCAAGAAACUGGCACAUAAGAGGCAGCGCAGAAUGUCAUCUCAACAAAUCAAGAUUGGUAUAAUUGGCGGUUCGGGUUUAGAUGACCCAGAUAUUUUGGAGAAUCGCCAUGAAACAACAGUGACCACACCAUACGGUAAUCCCUCCGAUGUCUUGAUCGAGGGUGAAAUUCAAGGUGUCAAAUGUGUACUGUUGGCACGUCACGGUCGUAAACACAAUAUUAUGCCCUCAAAUGUUAAUUAUCGUGCAAAUGUUUGGGCCUUGAGGCAAGCAGGUUGUACACAUCUUUUGGUAUCCACAGCAUGCGGUUCAUUGCGUGAAGAAAUUAAACCAGGCACCUUGGCUAUACCAAACGAUUUUAUUGAUCGCACCACAAAGCGUUGUCAAACAUUCCACGAUGGCGGAGAAGAAAGUCUUAAAGGUGUUUGCCACUUGCCCAUGUAUCCAGCAUUCAAUGAACGUUGCCGACAAAUUUUAUUAAAAACCGUAAAGGAAUUAGGUUUUAAUGUCCACGAUAAGGCAACAAUGGUAACAAUAGAAGGUCCAAGAUUCUCUUCACGUGCCGAAAGUAAUAUGUUCCGUCAAUGGGGUGGUGAUCUUAUCAACAUGACCACGUGUCCCGAAGUCGUAUUGGCUAAAGAGGCUGGUUUAAUGUAUGCUGCUGUCGCAAUUGCUACAGAUUACGAUUGUUGGCGUGAGGGUCAUGAAAGUGUCAAUGUACAAGAUGUUUUAAAAACAUUUUCGGAGAAUGUGGAAAAAGUCAAACAGAUAUUGGUUAAGGCUGUUGUGAAGGUGGCGGCAGAUGAUUGGUCAGAGGCAAUUACAGAAGCCAAGCAAUUCGUUGUUAACAAUACCAUGGGAGGCAAAUGAAACUGAAGUCAAUUGCUGUUUAGUAUUUAUAUCUUCCAUGAUGUUUUAUUUUUAUGAAAUAAGAAAUGCAUUUAUUUUUAAUAAACCCCACAAAGAAACAACAA